AUGGGUAUAUCUCUCAGUGUCAAGAUGGAACUCUUGGAGCUAGUUCGCGUUCUUGUCGCGGUCAUUGUGCCAAUGGUCGGAGGUCAGGUGGAAAAGCCACAAAGUCUGAAGGUCGGUGCCGAGAUAUGCAACAGGCUGACCAAGGAACCGUACUUCGAGACAGAUAUGGUGUUAGGACGGCCAUGGAGGAUCUAUUACAGUUGGAACAUCAAGUUAGACGAUAAGUGCAUGGAUAUGACAUUCAGGAACGCGACACCACAGAUCAUCAACAGGGUCUGGCAUGACAUGAACGAGUACCUAGAGAGCCAGCCGUACUGGGACGCAGCAACGCUGCUGGUGACGAUGGGUCGCGCUAAGCAUGAGAUGCUCCUAUUCGCAGACCAGGGAGCUGCCGGGAGGUUCAUCGGAGUACCGAAUGUUGUUCGAGACGGGAAUAUAUCACCGGCGAGGAGUGCAGUUCCCCUUCUAAAGUUCCACAUGAAGCUACUAUUUGGAGGCAAAUACCUGCUGAUGACUGACUGCCAAAUAGGAGUGACCACGAUGUCAGCUCGUACCAAGGAGACUCCAUAUCGAGCGGAGAUUGGUGGAGUAGCUGCUAACCUCAACUUCGGAGACGGUUAUCCCGCCUGCAUGGCAGAUUUGAACAAAGGAGAACAGAUUGGUACUAAAUAA